AUGCGUUGGAAUCCAGUGAAAUAUGGCGAAAUUCGGCAAAUUCGAGUGCAACCGGACAAAGUGUGGUUGCCAGACAUCGUCCUGUUUAAUAACGCCGACGGUAACUACGAGGUGUCUUUCAUGUGUAAUGUCGUUAUAAAUCAUCUUGGCGACAUGCUGUGGGUGCCGCCGGCAAUCUACAAGAGUUCUUGCAUAAUAGAUGUGGAAUUCUUCCCGUUCGACGAGCAGGUAUGUACGUUGGUGUUCGGAUCGUGGACGUAUAACGAGAAUGAGAUCAAACUUGAGUUUGAACAAGCUGAAUGGGUGGACUUGUCCGAGUAUGCACCAUCCUCCAUUUGGGAUGUAAUGGAUGCUCCCGCAUCGUUGGUGAACAAGCGGAGCAGGAUCGAAUUCCAAGUGAGAAUCAGAAGAAAAACACUUUUCUACACGGUUGUGCUCAUCAUCCCUACUGUACUGAUGGCCUUUCUCAGUAUGGCAGUAUUCUUUCUGCCAACGGAUUCUGGUAAGUCUGAUAGCCACACGCUUGCUGGAGCUUGGCUUACUUAUUCGCAGCAAUUGGAAUCAAGACCAAAUACCCAUUUGUUGUAUCAGGAAACUCAACCUGGAAGAUAUUUUACAGGCGAAAAGAUGACGCUCACAAUUUCCGUGUUGCUCUCCAUCGUUGUUUUCCUGCUGCUGGUCUCGAAAAUCCUUCCACCGACAUCCAGCACUAUACCGCUUAUGGCAAAGUAUCUGCUGCUCACGUUCGUGCUCAACGUCAUUACCAUCUUAGUUACCGUAAUUAUCAUUAAUGUCUAUUUUCGUGGGCCAACGACACAUCGAAUGCCCAAGUGGGUGCGUAAGCUGUUCCUUGAGUGGAUGCCCCAUGCCAUGUGCAUGCAGCGACCAAAAUCUCAAGUGAGGAAACCAAUUGCUGACCCUCCACACCCUGAAAUCACGCAAUUACCCGGUCUCGGCCAUUUCACUAUCAAUCCGGCCGCACAUCAUCCUUUUUGUCCCAGUGCUGACGAAAAAACAGCAUCGCCCAAAACGCUGAACUGUACCACCGAGCUGACUACAAGGGACCCUCUUCUUCUGUCAUACUAUCCUCUCUCCGCAGAUGCCCUUCAAGCUAUAGACGCUAUUGACUACAUUACCGACCACUUGAAGCACGAAGAAGAGCAUAAAAUGUACCGCGAUGACUGGAAGUACGUAGCGAUGAUUAUCGAUCGAUUACUACUGUACGUCUUCUUCGGAAUCACAGUUGGCGGCACUUGCGGAAUACUUUUCAGUGCACCUUAUGUGUUCCAAGGUGUCAAUCAACGUGCAGUUCUGGAUCGGCUUAUUGACCUGUAUAAGAGUGGCGGAAAUCGUGAUUGA